AUGAAGACCAGCAAGCAAACCAGGACCAGUAUGGCCUGUGAUGAUCCACGCCAGAGGACCAGGUCCAAGAAUAAGAACCAGUAUUUCACAGAUGUGCAUGGUUUACCAUGCAUUGAAAAGCUGGUGUGCUCUGUGGAUGAGACACCACAGCCCAUCACCACCAAAAUCAGAGGAACUAUCCCUUCAUGGAUCCAUGGAAACUUCCUCAGGAAUGGGCCUGGAAAGUUUGAGUUUGGAAACACCCAAUUCAAUCAUUGGUUUGAUGGAAUGGCUCUUGUGCAUCAGUUCAGAAUUGAAGGUGGCACAGUGACCUACAUGAGUCGCUUCUUGAACAGUGACUGCUACAAGGCAAAUGCUGAGAACAAUCGCAUCGUGGUGUCUGAAUUUGGCACUCUCGCCAUGCCAGAUCCAUGCAAGAACUUCUUCCAGCGAUUCCUCUCCCGCUUUGAGAUGCAACAACCAACGGACAAUGCAAGUGUGAGCUUUGUCGAGUAUAAAGGAGACUACUACGUCAGCACAGAGACUAAAUUCAUGCACAGAAUUGAUCCAGAGACCCUGGAGACAAAAGGAAAGGUGGAUUGGAGUAAGUUUAUAGCUGUCAAUGGAGCAACUGCGCACCCUCAUACAGAUCCUGACGGCACUACAUACAAUAUGGGCAACUCUUAUACUUCUAAAGGUGCAUCUUACAAUAUCAUCAAAGUGCCUCCAGAGAAGAUAAAUCCAGACGACACCUUGGAGGGAGCGACUGUUAUAUGCACCGUCCCAUGUGAGGAUAAGACAAAGCCCUCAUAUUACCACAGUUUUGCCAUGUCAGAGAACUACGUGGUGUUCAUUGAGCAGCCCAUCAAACUUGACCUGCUAAAGAUAGUGACAGGGAAAAUGCGUGGGAAAGGCAUCAGUGAUGGGGUAUACUGGGACCCCAAACUGCAGACAGUUUUCCAUUUGAUUAACAAGCACACUGGCAGGCUGAGUCCCAUCAAAUACUACGCCAAUCCAUUGUCUACCUUUCAUCAGAUCAACUGUUAUGAAGAAAACGGCUUCAUCAUUAUGGAUAUGUGCUGUUCUGAUGAUGGCAAAGCUAUCAACAACUUCUUGCUUCAGAAUCUUAGGAAAUCUGGGGAUGCUCUGGAUGAGGUCUACAACACAAUUUGCAGAAUAUUUCCACGGAGGUUUGUGUUGCCACUCGUUGUAGGGAAGGACACACCUUGUGGGCAAAAUCUGAACACCAGACCCGACAGCCCAGCUACUGCAACCAAGACAGGCAAGAACAAGGUGUACUGUACACAUGAAGACCUUCAUGGUGAUGAUCUUCAUGAAUAUGGCGGCCUAGAAUUCCCACAGAUUAACUACAAAAUGUACAACACCCAUCCCUACCGUUACUUCUAUGCAUGUGGUUUUAGGCACCUGGUUGGGGAUUCACUCAUAAAGAUGGACCUUCAAGACAAACACAUGAAGAUUUGGCAGCAGCCAGGAUAUUACCCCUCAGAGCCGGUUUUUGUUCCUUCACCUAAUGCUGUGGUGGAGGAUGAUGGAAUCGUCCUAUCGGUGGUCAUAACCCCUAAUAAGGAUAAAAGCACUUUCCUGCUGGUUCUGGAUGCAAAAGACUUUGAAGAACUGGGCCGAGCUGAGGUGCCCAUCAACAUUCCAUAUGGCUUCCACGGAGCUUUCCAUGCUGGAAUCUAA